AUGGCGGGCACCUCCGAUAUUGCGACGGCCGUUCCUCACAAUCACCCCAAGAGUCUUCGAGCUCAUCUCCAGAGCCUUCUACCUCGUCAUGCCGUGUUUCAUGCCCAAAUCGAGAUACAACAGAUAUCGAGUGUACCCCUCGUUCAUGGAGAGUUUGCCGUGCGGUGGAAGCUGAAGAAUCUGACUACGCCACCUGGGUCGAAGAGUAGCUUACUGGGGAUCGUAAAUCCUAGGAGGAGUGGUGGAACGAGCCCCAAUUCCAGCAAAUUUGACAUCAAGGGUAAGGGAAAGGAGAGGGAACAGGCAGAGGAAGAAGUGGAUAUCGAAGACGAUAAUGAAUCGAGCAGCGUCUAUGCAUCUUCAAUAUCUCCCGACGGCUCGUCAAGUCUCAGUUCCUCUGGCGACGACCGGCACGUUAUGCCCUCAGUCGUCAUCUCUUCGGGUGCCAGUUCAUCGCAUUCGCAUUCGUCACCAUCCACGCCUGCAUCUUCUCGCCCUGCAGCUCGUGGGCAGACACCCUUUCUGCCGCUCAUGGAACAUUCAGUGACGUGGUCCCAAUCAUUAUCUGUUUAUAUCAAGAUACCACUGUCUCGUGACCGUGAAAAUCCCGACGUUCUCAUGCCCAAUCCCGCUAAAUUCGUCGUGAUUCAGCGCGUUAUCUCUGGAGACCCCGAUGCGCCACAAAACCCACGCAUGGGAGCUGUCUACCUUGACUUGUCUCAAUAUGCGGACCCGAGUCUUGGCGAAGUGACGCGUAGAUAUCUCCUCAGGGAGAGCAAGACGAAUGCUACGUUGAAGCUGAGUAUCCAGCUCACCCACGUCGGAGGCGAAAAGGCAUUUGUGGCUCCAUCAUUACCGAAGGGCGAGAUCCUGAACGGGGUAGCGGCCUUGUUAGAGAAUGACGUGUACAGAACCCGGCCCCGCGGAUUCAAUAUUUAUGGACAAUAUGGCGCCUCGAAAACGCAUAUCCACGACCAUCAUGAGGAGGAUCCAUAUGAUUCUGAUUCAACGACUUCUUCUCGGUCACGCGCACACUCCUAUGCCUCCUCUAAUCAUCAUCACCGCCAGUAUGAGCAGCAGCAAGGCAGGCUGACACGGCCGUAUGAUUUAUCAGAGCUUCCUCUUGCCUAUGCAUAUGGUCCCAAAACCACCGAGGCGCUAAUCGAAUCCCUCUUCAACCCACUUGAAGUCUCAGAGAGAACCAGAGUGGAGGGGAAGGAGAGUCCUUUCGUGAACUACGUUUCUGGUCUGGAUGACGAUAGUCCUAUGCUGGGCAAGAGGGUUGGUCUGUCACAAGCCGCAUAA